UGGACCAACCAAAGGUGAGAAAUAUGACAACAGAAGUGGAUGAUGAUGAAGAAAUACCAGAUAACUGGGUUCUAAAGCUGAACACAGAGAAUGUACACCUCUUCGAGAAUCACUCAAGUGGUAUGGCACUAACUACUGUAUUGUUGAAUAGAGAGAAUGACAAAAACAAGUGGAAUACUCAUAUCUGAAUGAAGUAACAGUUUAAAUGUUGUGUAUAAACUGAGUUGUGCUUGCUGCCCACAUGUUAAUCCAGUGACAAUUGGUUAUUACUUGUGCCUCUUGUUUGUGUUUGUAAAUCUUUGUAUAUGAGGAACUACCUCCUAUUAAAAACACGGGGGGACGAUCAUAGAUAGACGCAGCACCUUCCAGCCACAACUAGUCACUGUGGUACUGUGUAGGCCCUCAUCCUGUCUCCCUCCUCUCGCUGACUAUAAAAUAUUCAUAUUCUGUCACAUCUCACAGUUAGCCAAGUAGAUUACAAGCCUUAGAAUAUUCAAAAGAUCAUGUAAGACAAUGCAACCUUGUUGGGAGACAGAAGUAGCUGUCAGUUGAAGUUCAUGUGGGGAGGAUGUAGUUUCAAUGCUAAUGUGCCUCCAAUAUGGAAAACUAAACAUCCUCAGGCUGUGCUUUGCUGCUCAAUGCUCUCAGGUUAAAAACAGAAAGAGCUGCUUUAAACAUAUCUCACCUGCCAUCAUAAGCAAUUUAGACAGAUAUAAUUAUGUCAUUUCCUGCAGAGUACAUGAACUGUGUAAAUGUGAUUACAGUACACAUUAUAUCAUAAGUUAACUAUUAAACCACUGUACGGUUCUCUUUUACAUACUGUACAUUUUCAGUAUUACAAUUACUCACCCAAUAUACAAGUAGGCUAUUCUUGUACAAAAACUGUUUUUAUAAACUUUUGAAAUAAUUUACUUAAUAUAUUGUUGUGAGUAUGAGUCAACAGCACCUGUCAGAGUCUUUCAGAAAGACACCUACAGCAUAUUUGUCAUUCUGUUAGAUACGCCAUCCGUUUGAAGAGUAAUCAAGCAGGUGUGUUGAAAAUGAUUACCCUCAUCCACACAAGAGUUCUAAGAUGAGUGGGGAACUUUUGAGUUUACUGCGGAACUCGUACUCUGUUAAAAACAAGCCGCCUCCACGGGAUAGAUGUGCCCAUCAUUCGUCUAAUGUUGAGAGUAUGAUUGAAGGAAAGGAGGCAAACUAACCGAUUUCAACAGGUCAUUUUUUUUAAUGCCAUCUAUUCUUGUGUUUCAGGUUAAAAUGGUUAUUGACUAGCUGUAUGAAAACAAGAAGAUUGCUUGCGCCACUCACAACAUUUAUACAUACAGGUAGAUCAUAUGCAGUACAUAACAGGUUGUAAUAUUCACAGUUGCUGUAAAUCAAUCUAAUCACACGGUUGAUCACUUGUUCCUCUGUAGCUCAGCUGGUAGAGCACGGCGCUUGUAACGCCAAGGUAGUGGGUUCGAUCCCCGGGACCACCCAUACACAAAAAUUUAUGCACGCAUGACUGUAAGUCGCUUUGGAUAAAAGCGUCUGCUAAAUGGCAUAUUAUUAUAUUAUAUUGUUAUUUGAUGAUAAUAUAAUCUCUCGUGGACAGAUUCUGCGUGUAAAAGAGGAAGUGACAAACUUUCGCAAUCAUUUUACUUCAGGGUAACUGAGAUUAAGGCUAAUAUAAAAAGAAAGACAGGCAUGUAAUUUCUAUCAACAGAGUUCAUUACAGCUCUUAGAGGUAAAGUACAAACAGGGCUGAAAAUAACAGCCUUUCAUAGAAGAAAAUUAGGGGUAUGACAGGUGUGUGUGUGUCCUUGUGUGCUUGCGUGCAUGCUAGCAGAUGUUUGUGUGCGUGCGUGCGUGCGUUUGUGUGCGCGUGUGCUUGCUGUAAGUAGGCAGAACGGGGCUCUGCUAGGUUUAAUUAAUUAGAUCAAGAGCCUUUAUGAGAUGCUUGAUAUGCUCUAUAGGUAGCCAUUAACCUGGCAGGAUAUGGUGACAUUUAGAGCAUUAAAAAAUCUUUCCUUCGAGGAGACAUGCAGUUUACAGUACUGACAUUCUCAAACUAAAAGUCAACCACCUACAACCAGUCUCCCUUUAUUGUCUCUAUUGUAGGAUAUACUGUGAGGACAAGCAGAGUUUCCUGCAAGACCGUGAGGAUGAUGGAGAGACGGCAGCGGGAGGACAAUCGCUUCACUUACUACAUGUGCUUUACUCUGUGUCCACUUUGCUUCAUUCCCUUUGGUGCUCUAUUCAGUAUUCACACGGUUGCCUCAUGCUAUCCCGCACGCUCAGGGACCCAUUUUAAGUUUUCAUCCUAACCCUCUGUGGUCUUGAGGUUCACUGACCCUCAAUUAUUUAUAUUAUAUAUAUAUAUAUAUAUAUAUAUAUAUAUAUAUAUAUAUAUAUAUUUAUACUUGAAUAUUAUGUCAAGUCCAAGGUAAUAUACAUUAUCUCCUAUUUAAUAUUUCACUUGGAUACUGCAUUCUUAAUGUGUCCUUGUUAUCUCCAAGCAUGCUUAUUCCCAGGGUGCAGUGAUGAUGAGAUGCCCUUUAAACUGACUGGGAUAUAGAAGGGGGCUCCUGUCUGUUCCUUAGCAACCCUUCCACCAGAAACAAAUUAAAACCUGCAAGGUGACUUUAUGUAAACUUUCACUCCAAAACAAUGACUUGAGGCGAGGAACAAAGAAGUUUAGUUUUGCAGCAAAGGAGCAUAAAAACAUAAAUGAACAUAAAAUCCACAUGGAUCACAAUGACACACAGUUCUAGUGAAUACACUGAGCUAGUACAUCAAGUCAAGGCAGCUGUUAAUACUAAUAUAUACAGUAGGCCUACUAGUGAUCAACAUUAGCAGCAGCACAAAUAUAUAGCAAGCCAAAUCUGCCUAAUAAGUAAUGUGCUCUGUGUAUUCUUAGAUCAUCUGGUCAACAACAUAUCAACAAGUGCUGACAAAAACAAAAAAACAUAAUCAACAUCAGCUUCAUCAUCAUCAACAACAUAUUACCAUUGUCAUCCUCAAAAUCAUCAUUAUCCCUAGCCUACAUCCUUCUAUUCUCCAUAUUCAACUGGGCAUUGGCCAAUGACAGUCAAAAGCGUACAUUCUCUCCACAAACUAUGACCAAACAAACAUUGAUAGGCAAACAGGUAAAAUCAAAUCCAGCAAAAGAGUGUGAAAUGGUUUGAAGAAUCCAAAGUCCAGGAAAACCCUUGAGAGACAUUCGUCCUAUACAAACCAGAAAUAUGCUAUUAUAAACAUGCUUCAAGCAAAAGGGCCUUCAGAAUAGACAGAGAGAACUCACACAGUGGCUUGUGUGUUGGCACCAUGGCAUACACACACACACAAACAUAUACACACUCACCUAUACACGUCUACUAACUUUAACCUGUCACUGUUUGAAGACCAAUCUGUGCUGUAAUUGGUGUCAGUGGAAACAAAAUAAGAUGCUGUAAUCCAAACUUAAUGUUGCAUUCAAGCAAGCAUUCAGUCCUGCCCCAGUCAAUACCAGUGGGUACAGACUGAGGCUCCAACAAUUAAAUAAUUUCCUAAUCGUUUUCAUUCCCUCUGUUCCAUGCAUUCGUAUUCACGCACAUCAUCAGCAGGCAUGAAUGCCAAAUGUCAGAAUUUGACAGUGGGAGUGCACCACUGUGAAAUGCCUCUUUGGAUUUCUCUGCUGGAGUCCAGAGCCUUGUUUACACAUUUCUCAGAUGAAUCUGCCUUUGAUUGUAGCCCUUUGCCAAAAACAAAAGCAAUGGACCAUGUCUGAGUGGGAGGAGACAUCUUGAGAGGAAGUUGUACUGUGCUGAAUCCCACAGGACUUUGCUUUAUCUAUGCUCUGGACAAUCUGAUUUUGGAAUAUAGGUCGCACUGAGUCUGUUCAAUGGAGGUCUACUUAGUGAGGUGUGUAUGCAAUAUUGAAUAUCAAAUGUGCUUCCCUCCUACAAGGGAUAUGAUGUGUGUGUCAAUGAGGGAUGGUCAAGAUCUGGUCAUAUGUCAUCAUCCUGAAUUUGACCCAACGAGUGAAGAGAAGUGCCUUCCGUCUAAUGCUCCCCCUCAUACCCAGGUGCUUUUGGGUAAUAUUCUGAUUAAUGUUCUACUCACGCCUCUCAACAGUGACAGGCAAUUUACUUCGAGGGCUCAUUCUUAAUCUGUUCUUUUCUAAUCUCUUUUCCUCUCAGCCCCCUUCUCCAUUUCCUCAUUUAGAAUUUAGUGUUUCUUCAACUCGGGGGUACGGAUGUGAAGUGAGGAGCGGAGAAUAAAGGGACACGUUUUUUAAUACAGUAAAUAGGCAGAUGGCAUUGGCACUGUCUCCCAUGCUGCGUGGAGGGUUCUUGAUUGACAGCGGAGGGGCUGAGGCAGAUAUUCUCCUGGAUAAAGGCUUAUUCUUUGCGAUGCAUCUUGUGUCAGCUGCAGAGCUGAAACCAGACAUCCAGGGGGUGUUCACUAGUCAUCCCCUGUCACAUGUGACCUGUCAAUCAUCUUGCUAAUCAUCACAUCGUCUUUGGUAUGACAGAUGAGGAGGUGCUUGGGUACAUGGACCAGUGACCACAAUGUUGCUUAUCUAAAUCGCCAAGCACACUGUUGUUGGACCACUUAGAGAGUUGACAUAAAUCAUCUGUCAAGGGAAGAUGAUGUCAGUUAUUAAGUCUAUCUAUAUUUCGCCAUGGGAACAAUCCUACUCCGACCACAAGUGGUUUUGCACAACGAUUCUCUCUGUAUGCUGAUAUCUUUAUCAUGGGAGAGGAAAACAUGUCUGUAUUCUUCUGUUUAUUGCUUAACAUCAGUUUUCUAAUCAUUCCCCAAACAACCAUUAUAUGUGAUUAAUAUCUGUCAUUUGAUUAUGUGAUUUUUUUCCAGUCCUCGUUGGGUCUAUGUCAAACCUAUAUUGCCCUAACAGAGCACAAGCACACACAAUCAUCAACAUCCACACAUAUACAGUGCAUUCGUAAAGUAUUCAGACCCCUUCACUUUUUUCACAUUUUGUUAUGUUACAGCCAUAUUCUAAAAUGGAUUAAAUAAAAUAUUUUCCUCAUCAAUCUACACACAAUACCCCAUAAUGACAAAGUGAAAACAGUUUUUUAGAAAUGUUUGCAAAAAAAACGUUUUUCUUCUAAAAACCUGUUUUAGCUUUGUCAUUAUGUGGUAUUGUAUGUAGAUUGAUGAAGGGAAAAAACAAUUUAAUCAAUUUUAGAAUAAGGCUCUAACUUAACAAAAUGUGGAAAAAGUCAAGGGGUCUGAAUACUUUCAGAAUGCACUGUAUAUCAUGUGCCACUGCCAUUCCCACUGUGCCAACACCACUCUGUUGUCCCACCUCAGAUCCUGGAUGUGCGGAAGGAACGUGCUGGUGGUUGUGUCUCACCGGUAUGGAGAGAUUCUGCUGGGUCCAGACUGUUUCAAACACAUCAACAACUCUGCCAGGAGGGAUACACCUCCUCUG